AUUCGACGAUGCCGCCUCGUCUGCCAAUUCGAUUGGCCAUUCCUAGGGUCACGCCGGCCCGCCCGGAUACCGGACGCCGAUUAAUUCUGCCCCUGAUCCCCCAACGCGGUGUAAAAUACGGAUGGUCGACAGCGCCGCCACGAUCGAAACACAACCGAUUCAAUCAGCCCAACGCUGGCCUGCCCGUCUUGACAACAGGUCCUGCCGCUGCCCUGAAGAGAAGAGAAGGAACCACACCGCUGCGCACUGGCGUCCUGGCCCUGAAGAAGGGUAUGACCAGUGUCUUUGUCGGAAAGAUCAAGGUCCCCUGCACCGUGCUGCAAAUGGACCAAGUCCAGGUCAUUGCCAACAAGACCCGACAAGCAAAUGGAUACUGGGCCGUUCAGGUCGGCCUGGGAAGCAAAAACAGCCACGUCGUAUCGAGCCCGAUGCUGGGAUACUACGAGGCAAAGGGCAUUGCACCCAAGAGUCAGCUCUCCGAGUUCAAGGUCCGCGACGAGUCUGGCCUGUUGCCUGUCGGCGCACAAUUGCUGCCCGAUUGGUUCAAGAAGGGCCAGUACGUAGACGUGCGCGCCAAGUCGCGAGGUAUGGGUUUCGCCGGUGGUAUGAAGCGCCACGGCUUCGCGGGUCAAGAGGCGUCGCACGGUAACUCCAAGAACCACCGAACAAUCGGUACCACUGGUCCCUCACAAGGCAGUGGUAGUCGCGUGUUGCCCGGCAAGAAGAUGCCUGGCCGCAUGGGCAACGAAUGGUCGACUGUUCAGAACCUCAAGAUCAUCAAGGUCGACAACGAGCUCGGCGUCAUCCUCGUCAGUGGUGCCGUGCCUGGCCCCAAGGGCAGACUCGUCAAGAUCCAGGACGCCAAGAAGCGCAAGGCGCCCUCGACACCAUUCCGUGAGGCCGCGUUGGCUGAUCUCAAGGAGAGACACCCUGGUGCUGAGGAGAAGCUGCAGCAGGCUAGAGAACGACACAUGGAGCUCAAGGAGGAGCGCAGAGGCCACGCCGAGGCUUAGAGUGGAAGAAAAACAAAAGAAAUGCAUAACAGCGUUUGAUCGAAUGUCCCAGGGAAAAGAGAUGAUGAUCUUUGAAGCGGACUUUUUGUAAUUUUAGAUAUACACAUGUCAUACAAAU